AUGGGCGGGUGGAAGAGAGGACGGCGAGAGCAACCCACCGGAGACGCGAGGCACAGGGAGCGCGAGAAGGUUAGAUGUGCGAGAGCGACGGAGGCGAGGAGCGAUGGAGAAGAUCUGCGCACGGGCGGAGAUAUAUGGAGCGCCAGACGACGCGCCCCCAGCCGCAUGUGGAGACAGCACGGUGAGGCGGCGGGACCCGGGCUGAGAGCCGCCCCACGGAGCCUGCGACACAGACCGGGACAGGAGCCCCCCCAGGAGAUUGCGAUGAUCGCGACUCACCCCGAACCCGCGACGCUCCCCCCCCGCCUGAGCGCUGGAUGCAGCGGCGAACUACGAAGAAGAGAGAACGAGAAGCAGAUGCCCCCUCGCGAGCAGGGGCUCCGAGCGAUGAGGAAGCGCGAGGGACCGCCGAGAGGCAGAACGUAG